UAGAUAAAGCGAAUCGUCUUUCUGUGCGAGAAUCGUGUUUUCGCAGCAUAGCCUGAUCUUUUCACUCGGAUUCGUCUCUUGCAAGCAAAAAAUGGCAAGUAGUAGUGGCUGUUGGUGUGAGAAGAAAAUUAUUCAAAAAGGAAUUUCUUUAUUACCUUUUCUCUGAGACUGAGAGAUUAACAAAAUACGAGGUUUGCCAAUCUUUAUGAGAAACAAUAAAGAAAUAAUCUUUGAAGGACAUAUAUUUAUUUUGUGGGCAUCUGAGAAAAGGGAGAAAAAUUAAAGAAAAAUUAAGAGAGAUGGGUUCUUGUGGUAUGCUUGCAAGAAGGGCUUUGCUCACUGAUACCCCUGUUAUGGUUCAGAUACAAGAGCUGAUCCGAGGUGUGAAGGAUUGUGUUUCUUUGGCUCAGGGAGUAGUGUACUGGCAACCACCCAAGCCGGCGCUACAAAAGGUGCAAGAACUUGUAUGGGAGCCUUCAGUUAGUCGGUACGGUGCUGAUGAAGGCCUUCCUGAGCUGAGGGAGGCCUUAAUGAAGAAGUUACGUCAUGAAAACAAGUUACAUAAAUCCUCAGUUAUGGUGACUGCUGGGGCAAAUCAGGCCUUUGUGAAUAUUGUUCUUACUCUAUGCGAUGCCGGAGAUUCUGUCAUCAUGUUUGCUCCAUACUACUUCAAUUCAUACAUGUCGUUCCAGAUGACUGGUGUGACUGACAUUCUGGUGGGUCCUGGUGACCCAAAGACUCUUCAUCCAGAUGCAGACUGGUUAGAGAAGACGUUACUGGAUACAAAACCAACCCCUAAGCUCGUUACUGUUGUAAAUCCCGGAAAUCCAUCAGGAACCUAUAUCCCUGAACCUCUUCUUCAGCGGAUAUCAGAUCUUUGCAGAGACGCUGGAUGUUGGCUUGUUGUAGACAAUACAUACGAGUACUUCAUGUAUGAUGGUCGGAAGCAUGUAUGUGUAGAGGGUGAUCAUAUAGUCAAUCUGUUUUCCUUUUCAAAAGCUUAUGGGAUGAUGGGAUGGCGAGUCGGAUACAUCGCGUACCCUUCAGAAGUAGAAGGUUUCGCAGCUCAACUGCUUAAAGUCCAAGACAACAUUCCCAUCUGCGCUUCGAUAAUCAGCCAACGCCUCGCUCUUCACUCUCUGGAAAUGGGACCCGAGUGGGUAACGGAUCAAGUAAAAAACCUUGUAAAAAACCGGGAACUUCUCCUUGACGCUUUGUCCCCGUUAGGGCAGGAUGCCGUCAAAGGAGGAGAAGGUGCAAUCUACUUGUGGGCAAAACUUCCCCACCAAUACCAUGAUGAUUUUGAGGUAGUCCGUUGGCUGGCAAGGAAGCAUGGCGUCGUCUUAAUCCCAGGAUGCUCAAGCGGGUGUCCGGGAUACGUGAGGAUCUCGUUCGGGGGAUUGGUCGAGGACCAAUGUCGUGUUGCCUCCGAGAGGCUCAAGAGAGGGCUACAACAACUGGUAAAUGAAGGCAUGGUUCCAUGAUGUGAAAUUCAAUACUAUUGUCUUCUGUCCCAUUGUGUUUUAGCAAAUUGUGACAUAGAAAUAAUUAUUUCUGAGGCAUGAUUUGAUACCUACAGUUGAAGAAAAAUUCUAUAAAAUCCCAAAUUUUUCGAAUUUUAUUGUACUUUGAGCAUUGCUGAUCUUGUUAGUUGAUUUUCUUUUUAAAUUUCUGUUUUUGGUAUA